AUGCCGCGUGCAUCGGCGCGCGACAGCAGCGCGCCGAUCAGGCUGCCGCUCUGGCUGACCACGCCCCAGUUGCCGGAGUUCGUCGACUUCGCGAAGGCCAAUCCCGGCAAGGUCUCCUAUGCGACCUCGGGUGCGGGUUCGAGCAACCAUCUGCUCGGCGCCCGCCUCGAGCAGAUCAUCAGCGCCGGCCUCGUCCACGUUCCCUAUCGCGGCGCCGGACCGGCCAUGAUCGACACGAUCGCCGGCAACGUGCCCGUGAUGUUCGACUCGCCUGCCCUCGGCCGCGCCGCACAUCAAGGCCGGCAAGGUGAAUGCGCUGGCGGUCAGCGGCGAGACGCGCAGCCCUGCCUUCCCCGACGUGCCGACCAUGAAGGAGCUGGGCUAUCCCGACCUGAUUUCCUAUUCAUGGUUCGGCAUCUCGGUGCCCGCGAAGACGCCGCAGCCGAUCGUCGAUCGCAUCGCGACCGAGAUGCAGGCCGUGCUGAAGGAGCCCGCCGUCAUCAAGCGCUGGGAGGAGAUCGGCGCCGAGGGCAGCACCAUGACGCCGGCCGAGGUGACGCGCUUCAUCCAGGCCGAGAUCGACAAAUGGACGCCGGUCGUGAAGGCUUCGGGCGCCAAGCCCGGUUAAGCUUUCACCAGGAAGAGGACACGACAUGA